CGUCGUCUGCCCUGCCAGACGAGUGCGAGACGGCAUACGAGGAGCGUUAACUGCCGACUGGCCUUCAUAUUUCACCAAAUUACUCGUCAUUUAUAUAAUGGCAGACUUAAAGAUCGAUACUGGAAAUCCGGUGCUCGAUGAGAAAAUCACCGAGUGGUUGAAGUGGGAUAAGAAUGAGCGGACGCGGGCCGAAGUGGAGCAGCUGGUGCGUCAAGGCGACGUGGACCAGCUGGAGAAGAUCAUGGUGCACCGCAUGGUGUUCGGGACGGCGGGUCUGCGGGGUCGCAUGGGCGCUGGCUACGCCCUCAUGAACGACCUCGUCAUCAUUCAGACGUCGCAGGGAUUCAGCAAGUACUUGGGAGAGGUGAAUCCAGAAUCCAAGACAAAAGGUGUCGUAAUUGGACAUGACAGUCGACACAAUAGCCACAGGUUUGCCCGACUAGCAGCAGCAGCGUUUUUGAAUAACGGUAUUCCAGUCUACUUGCUUGGUAAAAUUGUACCAACUCCUUUUGUGCCAUUCACUGUCCUACAGUAUGGAGCAGCUGCUGGUGUGAUGGUCACAGCAUCUCACAAUCCAAAGGAUGAUAAUGGUUAUAAAGUUUACUGGGAAAAUGGUGCUCAGAUCAUUCCCCCUCAUGACUCAGGAAUACAAAAAUCUAUUGAAGAAAACCUGAGCCCUUGGGAAGAUGCCUGGGCUGUAGAGAAGGCCUUGGCAGAUCCCAGACUUACUGACCCCCUGGACGACAUCUCCAACAAGUAUUUCUCCAAGCUGGGGUCUUCUAUGCUGAAUAAAGAAAAAAACCAAAGUUCGCCGCUGACCUUCACACUGACAGCCAUGCAUGGUGUUUCGCAUGACUAUAUGGUGGAAGCUUUCAAAGUGUGUGGAUUCAAGCCUUUUGUCCCAGUUAAGGAACAGAUGAUACCAGACCCAGAGUUCCCAACAGUCAAGUUCCCAAACCCAGAGGAGGGCAAGAGUGCUCUGGACCUCUCGUUUAAAACUGCCAAUGAAAAUGGUUCAUCUGUCAUUCUAGCUAAUGAUCCUGAUGCAGACAGAUUGGCUGUGGCAGAGAAGUUGCCAAGUGGGCAGUGGAAAGUUUUCACUGGUAAUGAAGAGGGAGGGCUUUUGGGCUGGUGGGCGUGGCACCUCAGCCGCCAACUCACUCCUAACAUCCCACCCAGUGACUGCUACAUGAUUGCCUCCACUGUCUCUUCAAAGAUUCUGAGGGCUAUAGCAAACAAGGAAGGAUUUCAUUUUGUGGAAACCUUAACAGGCUUCAAAUGGAUGGGCAACGAAGCUCAUGACCUGAUACAGAAAGGCAAAACUGUUCUCUUUGCUUUUGAAGAAGCCAUUGGGUUUAUGAAUGGCAGUGAGGUUUUGGAUAAGGAUGGUGUUUCGGCAGCAAUGCGUCUUGCUGAAAUGGCAACUUUCCUGAAGGUGGACCACAACAUGACACUAUUUGACAAACUACAGGAUAUUUACAAGACAUAUGGAUACCAUAUAUGUAACAACUCAUAUUACAUCUGUCAUGACCAGAAAGUUAUUAGUAAGAUGUUCGAGAGAAUAAGGAAUUUUAAUGGACCAGACUCUUAUCCUAAAUCAGUGUGCAACGGCAAGUUCACAAUAUCUGAGGUGCGUGAUUUGACAACUGGCUACGAUUCCUCUCAGCCAGACAAGAAAGCCAUACUUCCAGUGUCGGCCUCAAGCCAGAUGAUCACUUUCUCAUUCUCCAAUGGGUGUGUUCUCACCCUCAGGACCAGUGGAACAGAGCCUAAGAUCAAGUACUACUCAGAGAUGUGUGCCAAGCCUGAACAACAAGACUGGAGUGCCCUUGAAGCUGAACUAGCAGAACUUGUGGAAGGUGUCAUUCAAGAAAUGAUGGAGCCAGAGAAAAACAGCCUCAUUCCCAGAGCAGAUUAAGAGAUAUUGUUGCCUUGUUGAACGUGGAAUUAAGCAGUAAUGUCUUUAGGAAAGGGAUAAGUGUGUGCCAUACUAUUUAAAAAAAGACAAGUUAACACUUCUCAGUUGAAAUAUUUACAGGUGCUGCCAUUUGUUGGCCAGUAUUUUUUUUUUUUUUUUUCCAUUUCCAAGGUUAUCAGUAUUUUUAUGUCUUUGUAAAUAUAUAAUAUUUUUAAUAUAUAUAGAUAAGACCACUGUACUUGGGUUCACAUGUUUAUUUGUCAUAAAGCUGUACUUUAGUUUAAUAAGAAAAUUUUGUUUAUAUUGAUAUUAGUUAAUGUAUAAUAUUAUUCAAAUGCACAAUUGUUAAGAUCUAAUUGAUGAUUUUGUAGCAGGCUAACCAGAGCUAUGCCUUUAUAGGUUUGAAAAAGCAAGAUCUCCAGUUUUGAUUUUCUUCAAAUAAAUGAAUAUUGAUAUACAAACUAUUACAAAGUACCAGGUUAUAUUUUGAUGUCAGAUAUGUUAAAAACACACGUAAUAUAUUAUUAAACCAUAUAUUACAA